UUUCACGGCCAAAGUCCACAACAAAUUCAAAAUGGCCGCAAAAGUGGCCCUGAACACUAGUCGUCUUUUGCGAGGUGUUUUGGCCAGAACGACUAAAAGGAGCGGCCUAAAUAUAGUGCGAAAUGGAAGGGCAAUAUCAAGCCUCGCCAAAUUACCCGAGACACACGAAAUGUUGAGGAAGACAUGCCGAGAUUUCGCCGAUAACGAAUUGACGCCGGUUGCAGGGAAGUUUGAUAAAGAACAUCGUUAUCCUCAAGAGAAGGUCAAGAUGCUCGGUGAACUAGGUCUACUGGGUGUAGAGGUCCCAGAGUCCCUUGGGGGCACAGGGCUGGAUGCAUUUGCGUAUGCUAUUGCCAUGGAGGAAAUCAGUAGAGGGUGUGCAUCUCUUGGGUGCAUCAUGAGUGUCAACAACUCACUGUACCUUGGUCCUAUCCUAAAGUAUGGGACAGAUGCUCAGAAGGUAGAAUGGAUAAAACCAUUCCUCAAUGGAGACAGAGUUGGGUGCUUUGCUUUGAGCGAGCCAGAUAAUGGUAGUGAUGCAGGUGCUGCAAAGACAACUGCUGUUCUUGAUGGUGACCAUUAUGUUCUGAAUGGUACCAAGGCCUGGAUCACUAAUGGAUAUGAAUCAGAGGCAGCAGUGGUUUUUGCAACAACUGACAGAUCAAAAAAACACAAGGGUAUCAGUGCUUUUUUAGUCCCUAAACCAACUCCAGGACUCACUCUUGGAAACAAAGAAGACAAGUUAGGGAUCAGAGCGACAUCUACUUGCUAUUUAGUUUUUGAAGAUUGUCGAAUCCCCAAGGAGAACUUGCUUGGUGAGCCUGGCUAUGGAUUCAAAAUUGCAAUGCAAACCCUGGAUGCUGGUAGGAUAGGCAUUGCUGGGCAGGCCUUGGGAAUUGCACAGGCAGCCUUAGAUUGUGCGGUUGAUUAUGCAGACAAGAGAAUGGCAUUUAAUCAGAAAAUCAGCAAAUUACAAACCAUCCAGAUGAAGUUAGCUGAUAUAGCAACUCAGCUAGAAGCUGCAAGACUUCUCACAUGGAAAGCAGCUGCUAUGAAAGACGCUGGAAUGAACUAUACAAAGGAGGCGGCCAUGGCUAAGCUUGCAGCGUCUGAAGCAGCCACAUUUGCUGCACAUCAGAGUAUCCAGAUCCUUGGUGGGAUGGGAUAUGUGACUGACAUGCCAGCUGAAAGACACUACAGGGAUGCUCGUAUCACUGAAAUCUAUGAAGGAACUAGCGAAAUACAGAAACUGGUUAUAGCUGGCAGACUACUCAAGGAAUAUGGCUUAUAAACUCUAGUAUUGACACAGGAAAUGUAUAUAUAAACAAGAUAACUCAGCAUUGCCUAUAAAGACUUUUCCAUGUCUUUUAAAAGUGGUUUAGUGUUUUUUUCAAAUGUUCUAAAGUAUGACUAUUUCUUAGCUGUGGUUAUGUAUAUUUUUUUACUUCACUGCGCAUGUUUUCCCAGCACACAAACAUGGCAGGUACAGUAUUAAGCCAUGGCUGGCAAAUCAUAGCAGUAUCUUCUCAUACAAAAAAAGGAAAAAGAUAGAACUAGCCAGACAAACAAAACAUUGAAUGUCUUAAACUUACACAAAUGUUUACCAAAAGGCUAAAUUAACUAGUGAGGGCUCAGUUUAUUAAGUAGGUUUUAACCUUACAAGGUGAAAAUACAAAUUGUAGUAUAUAACAGUGCAAUACACAAACAAUAAAAACCAAACUUAAAUAA